CUUUAAAAUAUCCUUUCCUCCAAGCUGUCCACAACAUCGUGCUUAACGGACACUUUUAUAAUAUGCUCAAGACCUUGUGCUGAGAAACUCAGUUGAUCCAAUAUCUCACCCUCUCAGAGUAUUAUCAUGAAUAUCAAAGGAGGAUUUGGCACUUCUGUUUGCUCUUAUUCGCCUCUUUCGUCUCUCAAUCUUCAAUGGAUCAAUACCAUCACAUCCACGGUCUUAAUGCUUUUAAGUGGCACUUCGAUACAGAAAUCUUUCCUAGUUCCUAUAUUUGCUCUACAAGCUCCUGCGAGCAUCAUCUCCUGGAUCAAGGGAGAGUAUGGAGUCUGGACUGCUUUUCUGCUUCUUCUUGUUCGUCUCUUCCUUCAUAUUCCAGGUGAACUGGAAUUGCCAUUUAGUGCUUUACUGAUAGUAUUAGUGGCUCCUUAUCAAAUAUUGAACCUAAGUAUCUCACGGCAGGGGAAAGCUAGAAGGUGUUAUUCUCUCCUUGACGAUUGCUGGAUACUUGGCUUUCCAGCAUUUUUCGCGAGGAGGCAGCUUAGGAAAGGCAUUUGAUCAAGAGUAUCUACAAAUGAACACAUGGGAAGAUUUUCAGGUAUAAUGCGUCAUAAACAAGGAUUUGGCAAUAAUGUUUGUUAUUCUGUGUCUCUUUUGCUGUGUAAUCUUCAGCAGAUGGGGAUGAUCUCUUCAGUGUAUCACUCUUAAUCUUUCUGCCAAAACUUUGAUUAUUAUCUACACUUAGCUCUUUGUUCUUUUAUUAAAUAAAUAAUAUACUAUAGUCAAUCAUUAAAAAGAGGUUUAACCAAGGGCACUAGCAACCUCUUGUCUGCAGUUAAAAGCUCUACUGCUGAGCUAUGGACCCCAUUUUGCAUAUACAUUGGUAGUUUGAGGGAUAAUAGUUAUGAAAUAUAGUUUCUGUUACUAGAGGUUGAGGGUACACAAGUUAUCCUAUGAUAUUAUAUUAUUAUAUUCUGUCCCAAAUUAGUUGCUUCAAAAACUUCCGAGCUGUUAGGCAUUGAAUAUAAUACUUGAUCCUCUGUAAUUCUGUUGGUUCUUAGUGAAGUCUACAUUAUUAAGUCACUGGGAUCAUUUUGUAUAUGUCUUGACCUCUCUGUACCAUUGCUUUUUGAUGCAUAUGGUUAACACAUUUCCUUUCCCCAAGGCUCUCUUCAUUUUUCCGAGUCUUCUUUUCCAUCCUAUAUGUAUAAUAUAAUCCAUUAUAUCUGGUAACCAACUUCUAAACACUAUAGGAUUUACAGUUUUUUACCUUUCACAUUUACACUUCCGCAUAGCCGAAAAAUUACAAAUAUGAUGAUGCAUAAGUCUCGGAUCUCUUUGUAAUUCUAUGUGAACAAGGUUGAAUACCGAAGAACGUUAAGCAUGGGAUAAUCAAUAUAACAAUAUAUCUACCUGUCCAUUUCUGUCAGCAAUGUUUUAAACCAUAAGUCAAUUAACUGGAAUCUAAAUUUAAGGUGGAGGGUUUAUUUUGGUAACUUUUUUUGAUUAAACCCAAUAA